CGCAAACUCUAAAUUUUGAGCCGCCGCGUGCAACUGCUUCACCUCUCGUCACCUCCAUUCGCAAACUUCACCGGACAAUCACAACCGCAAACAAUACCGAAACCAACCCCUCUCCUGCCACUGUUCCAAUCACAUCAAAAUGUUCGGCGCAGCACCACCACAACCUACAGCAGAAGAGCUCCGCGAGGCGGAAGUGACGGCGCAACAGACCAUCGUCGGUGCCGUGAGCACGUGCUUCAUUCUGUACAUGUGUAGGUCGACAUCCAUGCUUUCAUUCGAGACUCAGAACUGCGGCUGACGAGGAUCUUCUAGCACCGUACGUGGUGGACUAUGUGCGGAAACUGGUGUAGAGGGGGAAAGAUGAAGAGACGGGACCUUGUACGAUACUGUAUACCGACAUAACCGGCAGCGAAGCGCAGUGAAGCACCUCGAGGGAGUUGGUGGGUGGAGAGGAUGGGAUGGGAUGGACAUCUGCAUUUCCGUCUGAGGAGGUGGAUAGAUAUGUGUAUACAACUCGCUCCUCAAAAGCAUGGCGUGGAGCAUUACUAUUUGAUCAUGGCGUAU